AUGUUGUUCUCUUCUGCUACACUCGUUCUUUUCCUUUGUUCUACUUCUACCACUGUUGUGGCUUUCAAUUCUUCACAGCCGAUUAAACCGGUCCAACCCAUCACUCCAUUGGGAAAACCGAGAGCUAGUGAUAUAUAUGCUUCACCCCUUGUUGAUGGAUGUCCGGCGACUUGCCAGAUAACUGGUCCUGACCCUGCCAAUUGGACACAUGUUCAUGAUCAAGCUGACCUGGUGGACUGCAAACUUCCUCUCCUUUUCGACUUCAACUUCCACAAUGAACCAACCAAGUUUCCCACCAUACGAACCUGUACCGCUGAAGGUGACGUCCCUCGGCGACAGGUCACUCAAAUGUCAAACUUGUCUUCGGCCGGAAACAUCAAACCUGACAACCUCAACGGUAUCGAGAGACUUAUUGCUACCUCUGAAAGCUGUGGUGCAAAGGUCACCGGUACCAAAUCUAGUUUGUCAACUGGGCCGGCCGGUGCCUUAAAAUCGGCUAAGAAUGUGGCUGCUGCUGCUGGAAUUCUAGCCAAGUAUGCCUCUGGGAGUGCUUCUUGCGGUACUACAGCUAUCUUUGCGAAAUCUGGCAAUGCUCUUGCAGCCCUAUACGUUGGGGCUGAUGUUGAGAAAAAGAGUGUCUCACGUCUUAUUGAUGGAUUCAACGAGGGCAUCAUGAAAGGCUCGCAGGCAUUCCAGGUGUGCGAUGACAGGGCAAAAAAGGCACAGACCGUUGGACUUUUUGCUGUCGAUACUGUUGAUGAUUUCUCCGCAAUGCAGAAGGCUAUUGGUUCAUGGUCUGAUGGCAAGUGCCUCGACAUUAAAGGAGGGAAGCUACACUCUGAUAUUGAAUUCGGUGUUCUAUCUUCCGCUAAAGAAGCCAAAAAGGGACUUUCUGCGCGACUCCAUGAUCUUUCUACUCGAGGCGACUGCAGAGCUAUCCAGGUUGUUUCCGGAGAUAGCUGUGGUGCUUUAGCCUCACGCUGCGGCAUCCCAGGUGCUGACUUCACAAAAUUUAACAACAAGCCUAACUUUUGUGCUACCCUCAAGCCCAAACAAUGGGUCUGCUGCUCGGCUGGAACGCUGCCCGAUAAGACACCCCAACCUCAGCCGGAUGGUACUUGUGCCGUGCAUCAUAUCUCGCCAGGAGAUGACUGCUGGGGCAUCGCGGACAACUAUGGUAUUACCGUUGACCGUAUUAAUGAAGUGAACAAGCAGGUCUGGGGAUGGGCUGGCUGUAGUAUUCUCCAAGUUGGUCAAGUCAUAUGCUUAAGCAAAGGAAACACCCCUAUGCCCAGCCCUGUUAAUGGUGCUGUUUGCGGACCACAGAAGCCAGGAACGAAACCGCCUUCCGGAAGUUUCACUGGCUUCGACCUGGCGAAGCUCAAUCCUUGCCCGCUUAAUGCAUGCUGCUCUGGAUGGGGAUUCUGCGGUAUCACGUCGGAAUUCUGCACUGUCUCGCCUGCUGACACCGGUGCGCCUGGAACUUCGAAGCCUGGUACAAAUAGCUGCAUUUCAAACUGCGGCGUUAAGAUUGUUAACAAUCAGAUGACUCCUGCCGGCUUUAUUCGCCUUGGAUACUUUGAGGGUUUCAACGUUAAGCGUGACUGUCUCACCAUGGAUGCCAGUGAACUAAAGCUCUUCCAAGAUCUUACACACGUCCACUUUGCGUUUGCUAGCCUCACUUCUGAUUUCAAUAUCAUGUUCGAUGAUGGUGUGAAUGAACAGUUCGAAAAGUUUGCAAAAACGAAGUACGCUUUUAAAAAAAUCAUCUCCUUCGGUGGGUGGGCGGAGUCUACUGAGCCCGGAACUUUCCAAAGAUAUCGUGAUGCCGUUAAGCCCGCCAAUAGAGAUAAGUUUGCUAACAAUGUCGCUGCUUUCCUGGAUAAGCAUGGUUUGGGAGGAGUUGAUUUUGACUGGGAGUAUCCCGGCGCGACUGAUAUUCCCGGAGUCCCUCCAGGAAGCGAAUCGGAUCCCACGGACUAUCUAGAGUUCCUAAAGCUCAUGAAAGGGAAACUGAAGGGGAAAUCACUCUCAAUUGCACUGCCGGCCUCAUACUGGUACCUUAAGCCAUUCCCUGUCGCGAAGAUGGCUGAGGUGGUUAAUUAUUUCGUCUACAUGACCUAUGAUCUCCAUGGUCAAUGGGACUACGGCAACAAGUUCGCUAGCCCACAGUGCCCGAACGGUAACUGCCUAAGAUCCCACGUCAACCAAACGGAAACGUACGAGGCACUUGCCAUGAUUACUAAGGCUGGUGUUCCAGCUCAUAAGGUGGUUGUUGGUAUAUCCAGUUACGGCAGAAGCUUUGGAAUGACCGAUCCCAGCUGUACUGGACCCCAAUGCACAUUUACUGGCAGUUUCACACAGUCCAAUGCCGAACCUGGUGUUUGCACUCUGACGGGAGGUUACAUUUCCAACGCUGAAAUCUUCAAUAUUAUUGAGCUUGCGGAUCAAAAAGAACCUGGGUACACCGCUCGUGUUUGGCACGAUGAUGCGUCCGAUUCGGAUAUCAUCGUUUAUGGAACCGAAGGCAAAGCCACCACCUGGGCGGCAUACAUGGAUGAGACAACCAAGGCAAAGCGAGUCAGCUGGAUCAGGGGACUUAACUUUGCAGGAACCACUGACUGGGCCAUUGAUUUGCAGGGCUGGUUCGAAGGACCCAGUGGGGAUGGCGAUGGAGACGGAGACGGAUCUAAACCUAAGGCGCUAGAAUGCAUUCCAUCCACCUGGCCUACAACCCUCCAAGGACUGAGUGACAAGAUUGAUACAAUCCCUGAAAAUUGCCGCGCGCAGGCUGCUAUGAUGAUCUUAAUUCCUCAGCUCGAAGAGGCAGUCACAAAGUAUAAGGAGGUUUCCGACGGAUACGAAGACAAGUUUGGCUGGUACGCUGAAUGGACGAAAGAUAACAUCGAUGAGACUCUCGAGGAGUUCAUGAAGGUUGAGGGCCGCAAGUACAUGGACUGCGAGUGGUUCUCGUCAGCGGGCGAAGGGAGCGGCCCCUGCACCGAAGUUGAUAUCCUCGUCCCAGGCCGUGAUCACCAGCAUCAAGGACGCCGCGGCAUCACCUUCAAGAUGCGAGACGAGAAGGGCUUCUACAAGGCGCUUAAUGAAAAGUACGCUAUUGAAAAGGACUGGGUCAAGUUCGAACUAUACAUCAAAGGGGAUCCAACCUGCAUUCCCAACAACUGCCCGGUACCUCCCAACUGUCCCCCCUGCCCUGAUAACACUCUCUACUACUACGAUUUUCCCCGACGAAUCGACGACAAGAGCAAGAUCAAGAUAGCCAAUCCCAAGGAGCUCGUUGACAAAGCUGUGCCCAGCACCGAGGACCUAGCCAACUUGAUGAUGGAGACGUACAUGCAGAUGCGCUUCAACAUCCUCGACGCAGAGGAGGCGGAUGUCGUCAGCGCCUUUAGCAUGCCCGUCUUCAUGCUCGAGAACGCAGUGGAAUACAUCAAGAAGAUCAAGGAGAUUGGCAAAAAGGCUGAGGAAAAAGCAGCCGCGAAAAAGCGCGAGCUUAUCCUAGGCAUCCUUUCGAUUGUCUUUGCCGUCAUCCCAUUCGUUGGCGAGGCUGCUGCCGCCCUCGGCGGUGCGGCAACUAUUGCCCGAGCCGCGUUCAUCAUCGGAGAGGCAGGAAACGCGGCACUCUCGAUCGUGGAUAUCGUGGAUAGCCCCGAGUCAGCUCCGUUUGCUGUCUUGGGUUUCUUGGUUGGAGCUGCGGGAGUGCGAGCCAAGGGUCCACGCAAGGCGUUUGGCGAUGCAGCGGCUGUGAGAAAGGGUCUCAAUGGAGGAGAUCUGAAGAAGUUUGGAGACGCAUUCGUGAAGAAUGAUGGCUUUGUCCAGAAUAUUAUCAAGAAGUGCCGGUAG